AUGACCGACCCGGAAACAGGCAACAGUUAUGACUGGUUCACCUUCUAUUUAAGAACCACUUAUGUGUGCAUCAUCGUCACCCUCUGGGCCAUGGAUCAGCCCAAGCAAUCGUACAAGCUCAUCACCAAAAAACUCGAUCUCUCCACCGAUAACUUCGAGGUCAACAAAUACUUCAUGAAGGUCCACGGCUUCAUGAUGCUAUCCACAGUGGUUUUCUUCUUUAUCAAUAUUAGAACAAACUACAUCACCCACAUUGUGUUUCCUUUGGAAGUGGUGUUGUUUGCCGUAUUAAUCAUCGCCAACGUCACGAUAUACUACUGGAACUUCAUCAGAAAGAAGCCAGCGUUGACAAAUAAUACUGAUCAAGAAAACCAACUCAGUGGAGUGGAAAUCCAAUCGCAAAUCGAUGACGAUAACAACAAGAAAACCAUCAAGAUCAUUUUGUGGAUCAUUACCUUGGUGACCAUUGGGAAAAUCAUUGUUUCUCCAUCAUACAUUUUUUACGCCAACCCUGGGAUCAUUGAUGGUAAUCCUGAGACCUACUUGUUUUUAGAUAACAUCAACAAUGAGCUAUUGUUGUACUUGCUUGUGUUGAUCUUGUUUUCCCAACUUCUCACCAACCAAGAAUUCUUUCCAUUAUCAACCAGUUUCUCGUUCAAUUCGUUUGAUGAGUUGGUUGGCAAUUUCAAAAACACUUUCAAGAUCUACGUUCUUAAUGUGAUUUUCUUGACGUUCAUUGCCAGCAAGACGAAAUCAAACUUUUUGUUCAUUGUGUACUUAUUAUGUUUUGCCACCUCAACUCUUAACAACCAUUUGGCUUACAAAAUGUUGAAGCAAGGCCCAGUGUACCUGGCCGUCAAUCUUGACAUUGAAAAUUCCGAAUGA